AAGUCACGAAUGAGCUCGUCGUUUGUCCGUAUGAUGUGUUAGUUAAUAGUUAAUUAGUGAUUUAAAAAAAAAAUAUUUGUACAUAUAUCCUCAUCGCGACGCUACAAUGGUCAGCCUCACGCUACGCCAAUAAAUAUCUUUCUUGCACACACGCAGGCACGCACGCUCCCGUGGACUCCCAGCGUCACGUAUGCCCUACCGCCCGGUUAGCUAGCUGCUAAGCUAGUUAGCUAGUUGUUGUAGCAGUGCGCACCGGAGUCACUUACCGUCAGAUUAAUAGCUAGUAACUAACGUUUUCUAGCUUGCUGACUCUCAGUAUUAAGCAUGGACGACGACAGCCACCCCAAAACCUUAUAUGUGGGGAACCUCUCCAGAGAUGUGACAGAAAUUUUGAUCCUGCAGCUCUUCACUCAGAUAGGACCUUGCAAAAGCUGUAAAAUGAUAACUGAGCACACAAGCAAUGACCCAUAUUGCUUUGUGGAGUUCUUUGAACACAGAGAUGCAGCUGCAGCCCUUGCAGCCAUGAAUGGGAGGAAGAUAUUAGGAAAGGAGGUCAAAGUAAAUUGGGCCACCACUCCAAGUAGCCAGAAGAAAGACACAUCCAAUCACUUCCAUGUUUUUGUGGGUGAUUUGAGCCCUGAGAUCACCACUGAGGAUGUCAAGGCUGCAUUUGCACCUUUUGGGAAAAUCUCGGACACCCGUGUUGUGAAGGACAUGACGACAGGCAAAUCAAAGGGGUAUGGAUUUGUGUCCUUCUACAACAAACUGGAUGCAGAGAAUGCCAUCGUUCACAUGGGGGGGCAGUGGCUAGGAGGACGCCAGAUCAGGACCAACUGGGCGACACGCAAGCCACCGGCUCCAAAGAGCGUUCAAGACAAUGGCUCCAAGCAGCUGAGGUUUGAAGACGUGGUGACUCAGUCCAGCCCGCAGAACUGCACCGUGUACUGCGGGGGAAUCCAGUCAGGACUAACAGAGCAUCUAAUGCGACAGACCUUCUCACCAUUUGGUCAAAUAAUGGAAAUCAGAGUUUUCCCAGAGAAAGGAUACUCUUUCAUCAGGUUCUCCUCCCAUGAAAGUGCAGCCCAUGCCAUCGUCUCAGUAAAUGGCACAGCCAUUGAAGGCCACAUGGUAAAGUGCUACUGGGGCAAGGAAUCUCCUGAUAUGGCUAAAAAUCCACAGCAGGUGGACUACGGUCAGUGGGGGCAGUGGAACCAGGUGUAUGGGAACCCCCAGCAGCAGUACGGACAGUACGUGACCAACGGGUGGCAGGUUCCCUCCUACAGCAUGUACGGCCAGACAUGGAACCAGCAGGGAUUUGGAGUAGAGCAGUCCCAGUCGGCCUGGAUGGGAGGGUUUGGAUCUCCACCGUCCCAGCCUCAGCCCCAGCCCGGCCCCGUCAUGUCCAACCUGGCCAACUUCAGCAUGGCUGGCUACCAAACGCAGUGAGCUGGCCCUCACCUCAGUCUCACCAUCAUAUUACCAUGGGAAAUUAGUCAACCCUUUCAGACCACACAGCACUCAACAUCGGGGCAGGCGCUGUGGUAAAUGAGGGGCAGGGGCCAUAUUCACAAAGCCUUUGUAGCUAACAGUUGCUCCCAGACGGCCAGUUUAGGAGUAAAUCCCAAAAGACAAUGUCCGUUUUACUAAUAAUCCUCAACAUGUUUUUGGUGGGCAAAGUGCUCUAGGGACUGUGUUUACAGAUGCUUCAAAGGCAGAGCCAAAGUAACUGCCUUUUUCCUAAGUAGGUGUUAAAAUAAAGGGGGUCCUCUUUCUCAAAUACACAAUUUUGCAAAAAAUAAAUUCUGAAAAGCAUUUUAUAUGUAAAUCAAAGUGUGUGUGUGUGUGUAUGUGUGUAUAUAUGUAUGAAACCAGAACAACAGGAGAGAGAAGUGUUUCAGUGGAGCUACAAGUACAUUUAUUAUCGAACAGAUCACUGGGAUGUGACGGAAAACCUUGAAUUUAAAAUUCAUCCCACCAUUACACCAAAUUAUCUUAACAGUAGGAAUAUUAACAUUCAGAUUGCCAAUAUGCUUAUAAAUCUAAUGAGUAUUCUCAAAGAGAAGUUGUUACUGCUGUUUUUUUUUUUUGUUUGUUUGUUUUUUGUUGUUUUUUUUUUUUAAAAAAAAAGCUUGUCACACUUUGAGGCAUCAUUAUGAUUUCAAAAUUCAAGUCAGUUUUAUUUGUGUAGCCCAAAAUCACAAAGUACAAAUUUGCCUCAGGGGGCUUUACAGCAAUACAGCAUCGUCAGUCCUCAGACCGUCACAUCGACACACGAGAACACACACAGCCAUCAUGGAUGAAUUUCUUAGAAACAAAACUUUGUGUUUAUUCAAAACAUGUUUUAUUUUUUGGGGGGGAAUUGAAAGACAUUGAAAUGAGACUGACAGGGAAAAUGAGUAAGAGGAGGAGGAGGAGGGUAGGAGGGUAGGGUCGAUGGUGCGGUACAAGCUGCACUGCACUGAGCCACCAGAACGCUCGGGCUCGCGACACGUCAGUCUGGCCUCAGCUUCAGCACAUCGCUCGAUAAUUCAGUCCUGUUUUCAGAAACUCUUAGUGCUUCAGAUUUAAACGCUUUGUGAAUACGGGCCCAGGAGCAGCAGUUUACCUUUCCAACAUUAUGUGAAGAAGCUCAUCUUAUUUGUAUAAACAAGUUGUGGCUUUAAAAGAGAUUUGAGCGGGAGGUGGAAUCUCUUGGAUAAAAUUUUUGUGUACAAAGGAAAAUUUCAACUACACGACUGUAAAAACAAAACAAAAAACAAACAAAAAAAACUGAAUUUUCAUGUUUUUGUAUUGGAGUGAUCAGCAUGUUCUUAGCAAAGUUUUUAUGAAUUUUAGUUUACAACUUGAUGUAGCCUAGAUCGGACUAAUUUAUAACCCUGUGUCUCAUGGGAAAGGAAAUACUAUAGCACAUACACAUUGUAUAAAGGAAAUAUUGUAAAUAGCUUAACCCCCUAAAACUUUGUAAAGGUAAUUGACUCUGUUAUGCUGAUUCUGGGGCUGGUUUCCUAGAGGAAUCGUAAAUCUUAAAUUGCUCUUCCUUCCUCUCAUUAACCUCUCUACUCUCAUAGACCCUCUAGUGACCCAUUUAAAGCAUAGUUUCUUCUCAAAUUAUCAAGCUUUUGUUUUAUGAUCAUCACUUUCCGGUGGCUGUGAGAGUUUUGUGAAGAAAUAUGAACCUACUUAAGCAAAAAAAAAAAGAAAAAAAAAGUUGUGGAAAACCAGCCCCUGAUCAUAUUGCAUCAUGUUUUUGUCAUAUUUCAAAAUAUCAGACUUUCCAGUCACCCCUUUGUGAAAGGAGAAAUUUUGUGUUUGAUGCUUUCUAUAAAUUGCAAGAGACUUUUUUUCCACUGGCAGUGGAGGGUUUCAGUAUAUCAGUGAUUCUUGAGAGCGGAGUGUAUGGUUUUUGUUUUUGUUUUCAUUUGAUCCUCGGUGCAUUCUGGGUUUUCAGAGCUCUUCCAAGAAAUGUUUUCAUAUCUCCUGGUUAAAUGAUUUGAAAAAGCACUGGCAAAUGGUAUAACCAUUUCUCAAAACUAUCAUGUCAUUUAGAUUUUAUGUGCUUAUGUGCCAUUAUGUACAGCCAAUUAAAACUAUUUGUUAGCUUCACUUUCUUUUUGGUGUUGUACUAGCCAACAUACUUGAUGCUUUUUUUUUCUUUCUUUCUUUCUUUUUUUUUUUUUUUUGAGGGAUGGGGGGGUCACAUGUAAGAAAACAGGGUCAUGUUGGCUAAAGUGUGUAAAUAUAAACCUUGAGCACCAACCGUCAUGACACUUCGAAAACAAUGUUGUACAUAGUGUAGUUAGAAUGUUAUAAAAUGCCAUCAUUAAAUUUCAGCAAUAUAAUUUAUGAAGAAGCCUUAAUUGAUGUGUCAGUAAGUUCAAAUUUUUGUUUUAUUUAGAGGCUACAUUGCAAAUCAAAAAUUCUUUUUUGCUUUCAUUUUCCCUUUUUUUUUUUGUUUUUUCUUUUCUUUUUUUAGGUUUGUGUGCCAUUUUCAGUAAGUAGCAGGAAGCAAGUGAUGUUUUAGUUUGAAUUGCACGCUUAUGACAUGUAAUAUAUUUGUUGCUUAAAAAUAUUGAAUGUAACUACAGGUUGCUUUUAUGACAGUAAAAUACAUAUGAAUUGAAGAACUGAUGAAGUGACAUUCAGUAACUGACAAAAACCCAUUUUCCACUUAAAUGGAAAAGUGAAUAAAUAAGACACUUCAAAUAAAGAAACUUUGAACCUG